AUGGCUAAUUUCACAAAGGAGGAAAUUGGCAUUAUUGUGGUUGGAGCUGGACCAUCCGGUAUAGCUAUUCAUGUUCUAACAAGGGAAAUGGCGUAUACUGCAAUGUUGUUGCUAAAAUAUUUACCAAAAUCUUUGGUUGAUAUUAUCCCCAGAAUUGAUGCUGAUGCUAUUGACAAGAUUAAACUUGGACAGAUUAAGGUAAUUUUUGAAAUAUCAGAAAUAAAGGAACAUACAGUAGUGUUUGACAAUGGAGAUGAACAUCAAUUUGAUGCAAUCAUUUUGGCUAUUGGAUGCAAGAAUAUUGCUACCAAAUGGCUAAAGGUACUUCCUGGAAUAUUAGAAAUAAAGGAACAUACAGUAGUGUUUGACAAUGGAGAUGAACAUCAAUUUGAUGCAAUCAUUUUUGCUACUGGAUACAAGAAUAUUGUUGCCAAAUGGCUAAAGGAUUAUAGCUCAAUAUUCCUUGAAGAUGGCACAUUGAUAAAUUGGAAAGGAGAGAAUGGGCUAUAUUGUGCUGGAUUUUCAAAAAGAGGGAUUGCUGAUAUUUCAAUGGAUGCAAGAGCUAUUGCCGAUGAUAUUAAGACUAUUAGAGUAGACCAAAUUUAG